AUGGCUUUCAGGUUUGAGGUUGGUUACAAGCUCAAUAUCAAUCCAUCUACAUACACGUGUCUAUGGCCUUGCGAGGACUUCGAGAAGCUCCAGCUGGUUCGUCAGAUCAUGAAGCGUGGAGUAAUUAAACUGUUGCGUAACCUUGUCCUCGAAAUGCGCGGUGCAUGCAUGUAUGCUCCUCCAUCUAUUAGUGACUUUUAUGUGACAUAUGGAUGGUCGGUCAAGGAACCCAGUCCUGCCCUUAUCUUUUACGUUGUGUUCCACCACUUGUCAAGUAAUAUCCGACAUUUGAAAAGAGUCUAUCUUUCCGUGGUGAUAGCCUGGUCAGAGAGGAGGCAGUCAUUGAGCAAGCAAGCCAGAAAUAGAGUACCCAAUUAUGCAGGAACAGAUCAUGCAUUGCAUACUCGUAUUGGGAGACUGAAUCCUUCACAUUGGCUCUCUGGCAAGGCUAUCCCUGUUCGUUUCAGACACGAUCAUCGAUCCUCCCAUUGCUAUCCAUCCAAAGCUGUGGUUCCUCUUCAAUUUUUUCAUCUCUCCAUUUCCAUAGGCGAUGCUGGAAAGCAUGGAUUUUAUAAUUUAGCUCAAUCUCCUAUCCCAAAUAUGGCUCAGCGGCUCCGUAGUCAACCAAGCUAG